CUCGACUCUCACCACUUCGACUCUCUACGCUUCCAUUACCAAAAUUUAACGAAAGUGAAAGUUUUACUGUAAGAAAUACUAAAAGCUCUAUCUUUCUUUCGUGUUAGGCUUUGAAUUAAAAGGACAAAAGAUGGCAACUGUGGGCAGGAACAUAGCAGCUCCAUUGCUGUUUCUUAACUUAAUCAUGUAUGCUAUUGCUUUAGGUUUUGCCAGUUGGUGCCUUAAUAAGUAUAUCAAUGGACAAACCUACCAUCCAAGUUUUGGAGGGAAUGGAGCAACAGCUUUCUUUUUGACUUUUGCUAUAUUAGCUUCUAUUGUUGGUAUAGUAUCCAAGUUGGCAGGUGGCCUUCAUAUCAGGAGCUGGAGAAAUGACAGUCUAGCCUCUGCAGGCUCUUCUUCACUUGUGACUUGGGCCAUCACUGCCCUAGCUUUUGGGUUGGCAUGCAAGGAAAUAAACCUAGGAGGGCACAGAGGAUGGAGACUGAGGGUAUUAGAGGCAUUCAUGAUAAUCUUGACAUUUACCCAACUCUUGUAUGUCCUGUUGCUUCAUGCUGGGGUAUUUAGCAGCAGGUAUGGCCCUGGUUACAGGGACACCGAAUACGCUGUAGGAGCUGGUGGGGAACCAAUUCCAAAGGGUGGCACAGCAGUGACAGGGACUCGGGUUUAAGCAACAACAAUGUAAUAAUAUAUGUACAUGUAAUGCUAAAAGAAUUAUCUUGUGUCAUUUACAUAUCCCCUUUUGGCGGGGAUGUAUCUGGGUCUGGUUUGGACUUUGGACUUUGGACUUUGAUCGUCCUUUAUGUUUAAUUAAUCCACUUGUGUUCAUGUACGUAUAAAAAGUCAGUGUUCAAUAUAUAUCGUUACGUCUAUUUUAAUGGUGUUCA